ACCCCCAAAAUUGGUGGGAGUAGUGUACAGGAAAAAUACCCUUUUUUCCAGGUGGGCCUAAUAGUAAAAACAGUGAGUGAGAUCCGUGAUAUCCGACUUUGAUAAGAGUAGUUUUUUCUUUCUUUAUUUUUUGACAGAUUCUUGAAGACCGUGGCUCUGGGAUUUGAAGUUCCUUAAGCCAACAAAGCUCACUUCUACAAACAAAAGUUCAUCACCACCUUUGUAUUCUCCUAGAAUGCAUCGAAAAACAUUAACACCACAAAUGUAACUAAGAAAGAAACCCUGAUUCAGAGUCUCCUUAGAUACGCAUUUGUAUAAAAAAAUUGUCUAAAAGAAUGUGUUCUUUACCAAGCGUUAGAGCUCUCGUAGGAUAGGUACAUGGUUGUACUAUAACUCUUUUUCUUUCAUUUCUUGGAGUCCUUCUGUUGAGAAACUCCUCAGCGGGCCUUUUAUUUCCUUCACCUUCUUGAUUUCUGACAAAAGACAUUAAUGUUUUUCUCUACCUAUUUGUUUGGGUUGUACCAUGAUUGGGCUUUAGCUCUUCCGUCUCUUUGAUAUUCUUCGACAAAUGCAUUUAUGGGCUUGUUCAAUUUUCUGUUGGGACGAAGCAGAAGACUCAUCAAAAGAAAAGACAGUGAUGCAGGCGAAGCAGCUUCCAUUUUACCAGGUCGUGCGUUGGAAGAAAUCAGAAGCUCUCUUUACAAUGAGCUUCGGACAUCUGAAGGUGCCAAGCGCCAACAACAACGUUUUUGUGGUCCAGUUGUGGCAAUGUCCUUCAAUUUUAUGGUUGCUGUUGGAAUAAUUCUGGGAAACAAAUUGGUUAUGGGGAGAGUCGGAUUCAAUUUUCCAAUAUUCCUCACGUUAAUCCACUACACGACUGCUUGGAUUCUGCUUGCAGUUUUCAGAGCAUUCUCGAUGCUUCCAGUCUCUCCUCCAUCUAAAUCUACACCGUUCUCAUCGUUGUUUGCUUUGGGUGCGGUCAUGGCUUUUGCCUCUGGACUCGCAAAUACCAGCUUAAAGCAUAACAGUGUUGGUUUCUACCAGAUGGCUAAAAUUGCAGUCACUCCAACCAUUGUUACAGCUGAAUUUAUACUUUUCAGAAAGAUCAUAUCCUUCAGCAAGGUCGUUGCUCUCAUUGUUGUCUCGUUCGGUGUGGCUAUUGCAACUGUUACAGACUUAGAGUUCAACUUAUUUGGUGCUUGUGUUGCCAUUGCCUGGAUAGUUCCAAGUGCCAUUAACAAAAUACUCUGGUCUAAUCUGCAGCAGCAAGGCAACUGGACUGCCCUUGCGUUGAUGUGGAAGACAACCCCGGUGACAAUCUUCUUCUUGGUAGCUCUUAUGCCCUGGUUAGACCCUCCAGGGGUACUGUCUUUCAAAUGGGACGCAACGAAUGGAACUGCAAUUCUAAUAUCAGCUUUGCUGGGCUUCCUCUUGCAGUGGUCUGGAGCUUUGGCACUUGGAGCGACUUCUGCAACAUCUCACGUCGUUCUUGGGCAAUUCAAGACUUGUGUCAUCCUACUUGGAGGAUACCUGCUUUUUGAUUCUGAUCCAGGACUUGUGAGCAUUAUAGGUGCUGUUCUAGCUCUUUGUGGAAUGUCGGUCUACACGUCUCUUAACCUGAAAGGAACGGGUGAGAAGGGAAGUACCCUGCUUCCAAGCCAAAACUUACCUCCUCUAAAACCCAAGAGUAUUGAGGACGAAGAGAAACCAGUUGCUGAGGAUAAUUCAAAUGCUGUUUGAGCUUUACGAAUCCAUGAAUUCCUUCCUGUCUUUUUUCCGGUAGUAAGGGCCGACUUAAGUUCUACUUGAGAACUUUUUUGACUUUUCUGGUUACCUCAACACUUCUAGUUUGUAUAGAAGAAGUGUGUACUGAUUCAUAAGACUGAUGAUUCAAUUUAAGACGAUUUUCCUCGACCCAUGUAUAGAUUUAAAAAAUUUAACAUUAAUACAAUUUUUGAUUCAGAUAUAAGCAACUUUUUCUGCAACAACUGGUACUCAUCCAGCCAGGUACAUCUGAACUUGGGAUGAAAAAGCUCAUCAUAAAUUAUCACUCCAUUAGAUCCAGUCAAGAUUGCAGUUUCUCUUG